UCCUCCUUCUGCCACACCAACGCAGUCUCUUCCUUUAUUUUGUUUGCUAUCUCCCAGAACAGGCUACCUUCCAUGCUAGAGUUCAUGUAUCUGUAAACUACAAAACGUUAGGAUCAAUGCUUCUAUUUGGUGCUCACUAUCAAAAGACUUCAAACAAUUCUCCGUACAAGACAGAAGUCUUAAUUGGCAGGCUUUUAUUUUUAGUUCGUAGUCAACUAUUGUAUUUUAAUGCUAUUUUCUUUUUGAAUUUCUAGUCAGUGGUUUUAACUCUUGGCUUUGUAGUUUUUGGGUUAUUUGUAUGGGUUAGAUCUAUUCUCGUCAUUGCUGUUGGUUAUAACUUUUGGUCUUAGUCGGGAUAUGAUUAGAGUGCUAAGGAGGUGUCAACCUAGUUAUGAUGUUUGGGUGCAGUUGCUGAUCCUUAGGGCUUUGACCUUUUCUCAUCAUUGUAUUUUCUUGUGUAUUGUCUAUUCAUUAUCUUUUAUUUUUUAAAAAGGAAACAAGCUUCUUUAUUAAAUAGAAUGCAAAGUACAAGAGGAUUAUACAAUGACGAAAAUAAAGAAGCCAAAAAGAGGAUCAGAAGGCGCACUUGGACAUCUCAACUAGGUUAACCACCCCCUUAUCGCCAUCAUCAUAUCUAAUAGUACAUCAAAUAAUACAUAGAAACUCCUACUAAAACAAAGUAAAAAACCAAAUAAAGCAAAAACGAGGCAAAAACUAAAGAACAACAAGGACUAAAUAGUUUCGAAAUGAGACCAAAAAUAAAACACCAAAAGAGAAUAAAAGCAAGUAAAAAUAGGAAGUCUUCAGCGAAAAACUUCAACAAGCUUGAGAAUCUUGUCCUUCUGAGAUAUGGCAGAGUAUAGAGCAUGUUCUAUUUAGGUUGUGAGAUGAAAGCUGACCAAUUUAAGCACAAAUGUUGAAUGGAGUAAUCAAUAAAUUCCUUGUUCAAAGUGCACCAAGCUACUGGAUUUCUUUUUGCAAUGUCCAAUCUUUCAGGCCAUCCCCUUGCCUUGUCAUGAAAAAUUUGUUGAUCACAUUCAAACCAAAGUUCUGGAAGCUGCAUUUCCACGGAGCUUUGGAUAUUCCUUUGUCCAAUGGGGAUGAUGGAGAGAUAUGGGUCGAAUGAGACUUAAAUGAAAAACUGCUCGAUGGGUCGAGUGACCAAUGUCUUCUAUCAUCCGAAUUUAGCACCCUUUUAGAAGAGAGUAGAUAAAGCAAAGAUUGGAAAUAUGAGAUUUCGUCGUCUUUUAAGAGUCUUUCAAAAAACAAUUGACCAAGACAUUGUGGAAUUGUUCUAAUGAACAUCAAUAGAUCACUAGGCAGUAAUGAUAUUCUAAAAAGCUUUUGGGAAUUGAAGACUAAGGAGGAUGUCACCGAUCCAUUAGUCUGUCCAAAAAGCAAUUCUUCUGCCAUUACCAAGUUGAACAUGCCAAGGCUUCCACCUUCCUCCAAGCUCUUGAAAUGCUAACCCAGGGACUCUUCAAACUAUUACCAGAUUUGCCCACCGUGUGCGAAUCAAAGGGUUCUUUACUGCAAAUACUUUUAUGACUUGUCUCCAUAGUGAAUUUUACCUUCCACUGAGAAUCUUCAGCCCCAUUAAGCAAGAAAUGCUGUGGUUUGAAUUUUAAUGCCUCCUAAGCCGAGACCCCCAUCUAGCUGAGAAUGUGUAACUUUGUUUCAUUUCACCAAAUGAUUGAUUUACUUCCUAAACGCCCUUCCCAAAAGAAGUUUCUCAUUAGUUUUUCUAAGGAAGAAGCCACAUUGUUUGGGAUAGCAAAAAGAGAAAUAUUAAGUGGGAAGGUUAGCUAAAACAGAUUUACAUACUAUUUGCCUUCCUCCUCUUGAAAUAUUAAACCUUUUCCGUCUAUCCAACUUUUUAUGGAUACGGUCAAUCACUGGUUGCCAAAAUGUUUUCUUGCCUUGGAUAACCCUCCAAGGUAAGUCAUAAGUACAAGAAUGGAAGUUUUUCUGCCUAGCACCCUAAUUUCUCGGCCAUUUGAAACAUAUCAUCUUCCACAUUAACUCCACUUAGAGCUGAUUUAUCCCAAUUAAUUUUCUGCCCUGAAAUCUAUUCAAACUAUCUUAUAGCCUCCUUUAGCUUAGUGAGCAUUUCCUCUUCAUGCUUUCAAAACAGAGGUGUAUCAUCGACAUAUUGAAGAAUGGGAAUGUGGAUCUUCUCUUUUCCCACCAGAAAACCUUCAUAAUCCCCACUUUUGUACAACUUAUUGAUUAUAGCUCCUAGAGCCUCGCUGACAAGAAGAAAUAAAAAAGGAGAUAGGGGGUUUCCUUGUCGGACUCCUCUAGAAGCCACAAUCCGGCCCUUUGGCUUCCCGUUGAUGAAUAUGGAAAAAUGGUGAUUUUUCAAACAGCCCAACAUCUAGAAUGACCAUUUGGUGUCGAAUUUUUUUGCAGUACAUUGCCUUUUCUAGAAGACCCCAAUCCACUCUAUCAAAGAUUUUUUCUAGAUCUAGUUUCAAAAUCCUUCCUUUUUUCUUUUUAACACAAUACACUUCAACGACCUCAUUAGCAAUUUAAUGAGUAUUCCGUUCAAGAUUUAUGCUGUCGCACGUCUCUGAGCCAGUCUACUUUUCUGUCAUCACCCUCUCUUUGAACUUUUUUCCCAACAAAGCCAUGUUAGACGAGGAGCACCACUUCGAGUCUAAGGCUGACGCCGAAGCUUCCAAGACUUAUCCCCAGCAUGCUGGAACCAUCUGGAAGAAUGGAUACAUUGUCAUCAAGGGUAGACCUUGCAAGGUUGUUGAGGUUUCAACCUCAAAAACCGGAAAGCACGGACAUGCUAAAUGUCACUUUGUUGGCAUUUUCAUUUUCACUGCUAAAAAGCUCGAAGAUAUCGUCCCCUAUUUGCACAAUUGUGAUGUUCCACAUGUCAGUCGUACUGACUACCAGUUCAUUGAUAUUUCUGAGGAUGGAUUUAUUAGCCUGCUGACAUACAGUGGUAGCACCAAGGAUGACCUGAGGCUUCCAAUCGAUGAGAAUCUGCUGUCCCAGAUCAAGGAUGGAUUUGCAGAGGGGAAGAAUCUGAUUGUGACCGUCAUGUCUUCAAUGGGAGAAGAGAAAAUUUGCACUCUCAAGAACAUAGGCCCAAAAUAGUUUCCUUUGAUUGAUAAAAAUACAGUUUGCAGCAAAAACCUUAGAACGAACAAUGUCUAGAUCCAGUCUAUAAUUGUUUGAGAAGCAUGGUUCGUUGACGAUGCUUCCAUUCAUGAUUUAUGCUUAACUGGGCCGCUUUUAUCUCUCAACCCAUUUAAUGUGUGCUGAUCUCUUUACGUU